CACAAAGGCAGCUAGACAUGGCGUCUUCCUUUCUUGCUGGCGAGCGAUUGGUACGCGCUUUGGGCCCCGGCGGGGAACUGGAAUCAGAGCAGUUGCCUCGGACGCUGCGAGCCGAGCUUGAGGCCGCCCUGGGGAAGAAGCACACGGACGGUGAUAGCCCUAGUGGCCCCCGAUGCUUGGUUUCCUUCCGUCUAAUCCGGGAUCUGCACCAGCACCUACGAGAAAGGGAUUCCACACUAUACCUUCAUGAGCUCCUGGAAGGCAGUGAAAUCUAUCUCCCAAAAGUUGUGAAGCCUCCUCGGAACCCAGAGCUAGUUGCCCGGCUUGAGAAGAUUAAGAUACAACUGGCCAAUGAGGAGUAUAAGCGGAUCACUCGUAAUGUCACCUGUCAGGAUUCACGGCACAGUGGGACUCUCAGUGACCUGGGAAAACAAGUGAGGUCAGUGAAGGCUCUGGUCAUUACCAUCUUCAACUUCAUUGUCACGGUGGCAGCUGCCUUUGUCUGCACUUAUCUUGGAAGUCAGUAUAUCUUCACAGAAAUGGCCUCGCGUGUGCUGGCUGCAUUGAUCGUUGCCUCAGUGGUGGGUCUAGCCGAGCUGUAUGUCAUGGUGCGGGCGAUGGAAGGUGAAUUGGGAGAACUGUAACUGGUGCUUCAUCAUCAAAGUCUGGAGAAGAUUUGGGAGGCCCCAGGCUCCCAAUCGCUGAUAACCAGCUCAAUCUAUGAAGCUCUUUGUACUCAGCUCCAGUUAGAGGACCAGGCUAGGCCACCUCCUAUUCUUGCAGGAAGCACUGUCUUCUGUAAAUUUCCAAAGGGAGCAUUGGAGGAGAUUCAAACAACACCACUUCUUUAAAACUAAAAGAACUGAUCUCUCAGUACCUUUCUCCUGAACCCAGUGCUCAUUUGCCUUCUCCAGCUCAUUCUGGGCACUGCUGGGACUGGGGUUUUUCCAUCAGGAGUACAUGGAAUCCAGGCCUUCCCAAAAGUAAACCAUACUGCCUUGAACUUGUCUAGGUGCACAAAUCAUUCACUAUUCUUCAUCCAUACAUCUUUGGUGCAGGCCUAUAAUUGAGAGCAGAAGCCUCUGAGAAAGCAGAAAGGCUCCCUCUCUCAAUUUGUGCUGGAAAAGGAACCAGUCAGAGGACAGAUAUCAAAUAAGAGAAAGACAGGUUGGUAUGGGAUGGUUGAACUGGAUGCCAGGCAGCUAUCUUUUUGGAAAAGGAAGUGGUAUUUGGCCCCUUUUCUGGAAGGCAAAACACACUGAGACCAAAUGGCCCAGCUGUGGUCUUUCCUCUGUUAAAUGGAGCCAAAGAUUCCUGAUGUUUUCCUGAUGUCUCUGUCUAAUGUGAAACUUCUGAGAACUUAGGUGUUGUGAUGGUAGAAUCUAUAUAUGGGACUUGAAAGGGUAUCAACCUUAAGUUAUUUAUCCAAUAAAUAUUUAUUGUA